GUCUGAUCCAUACCACAUUCAUACCAUAGCUGCAGCUUGAAAGUCUCGGGAACGUCGCGUCAAGGGUAUGAACGGCCCAAAAGGCCUCUGAGAGACUACUGGAGCGAUAACGAAGACACGUCAUUCACCUAUCCUUUCACUCCAACACUCCGCUCCCGACUGAGCCUUGCAGGACACGCCAGUCAAGCUCGCAAAUAUGGGCUUAUGACCUAUACCCGGACCUCUACCAUCCUUCAACUUCAGUUCCUGUAAGAGGAUGUGCCGCUUUAUUGUCUACAAGGGCCAUGAGCCCAUUCAGCUGUCCCAUUUGGUGACUAGACCCCGUCAUUCCAUUACGAACCAGGCUUUCGAGUCCAAGUUGCGAUUUCCAUCGAGUCGACCUAUGAAUGCUGAUGGAUUCGGUAUCGGGUGGUAUGAUCCCCUACAAACACCGUGUCAAGAGAAGGAUCCUUAUCCUGAAACUACAUCGCCAAAGUCACCGAGUGAGAAUCCUUCGCUGAGCAAUGGAGUGGCUCAACGAGCCGAAGCCUCUUCUCCCAUGCAUCCCACCGGAUCAAGCGGCGUCUUUGAAGGGGAUGAUGCGGAUGCUCAGCAGCUGUUGGCUGAUCGAGCAAAAGAGCGAGAGCUGGAGAACGAAAGACCGUGCAUUUUCAAAUCCAUCUCUCCUGCGUGGAGCAAUGCGAAUCUCGAGCGACUCGCAGAGAAGAUCAGAAGUCCUUUGAUCUUUGCGCACGUACGAGCUUCAACCAUGCCCGGGGCUCCGAGCGAAGACAAUUGCCAUCCUUGGCUCUUCGGCAAGCUCAUGUGGAUGCACAAUGGUGAAAUAUCUGGCUUCACCAAGAUCAAGCGAGCUCUGCAGUCUUCACUUCCAGAAGAGCUGUUCUUGUACCCUGCAGGUUACACCGACUCGGAAUGGGCUUUCAUGCUUUUUCUCUCGAAACUCAAAGACCCACACGCUCGAUUCUUCACACAUGUUGAGCUGAGGGACGCCAUGAUGGAGACCAUCAAAACCCUGAAUAUGUUACUCAAGGACGCCGAAGUGACCAGCCCAAGCCUGCUCAACUUCGUCGUGUCGGACGGUCACACCGUCGUUGCGACUCGGUAUAUCAGCUCGCGAACAUCCGAAGCGUCGUCACUCUUUUUCUCAUCUGGAACGUCUUUCGACGAGAUACAAGAUGGAGGAAUGUACAGAAUGACAAAAGCGGAUAAGAGGGAGAGCAUUAUACUCAUCGCGUCUGAACCCUUGACCUUCGAGAGAAGUGAUUGGAUGGAGGUCAAGACGAAUACAAUGCUCGUCAUCACACCAAAGAUGAAUCUGCUCCAAAUCCCCAUCAUUGAUGAGUUCUGGGUCGCGCCUCAAGAUCCAGCCUCUCAACAUCGGACGACGGACUUCGCUAUCUCAAUGGGAUUUGGACACGGGUUUGCUGCCAGUAAAGAGCAAGAAGUCGCCUGAUCCACCGA